AACAUCAUGGCGACUUGCACUGUAGGUGCAGUUGUCAGCGCUCAACAUUUUCUACUAAAACACGGGUUUUUGACUUCAAGGAAGAUCUGUGUUUUGUCAGGCAGUCGCGGUGGUAAAGUGCUUUCAGGUUACAGCAGCUGGAGGACAUGCAGUUCAUCUGCACCUUCCUGCCCCUCGGAGGCUCCAGCAGCAGAUAAUUGUGUCUCCAGUGAGACUAUUCAACACUUCGACCGCCUGGUUCAGGGUGGACACCUGAGGAAAGAUUUCCAGCAGAGACACGUUAUCCAGCAGCUGGCCCAGCUACAGCACACCAUGAAGACCUACAGUAACAGCAUCUACCUGAACUCACCAAGGUCAAGCUCACAAGAUGACAGCAGUAAACCUCAGACUGGCAUAAUGCCAGCUGAAAACAAAAGUUCUGAACCCACUGAAAAGGAAGCAAGUGUUCCACCACCACCCAAAGGCUUCUAUAUAUACGGAGAUGUUGGCACAGGCAAAACCAUGCUCAUGGAUCUGUUCUACUCCCGCGUGGAAAACGGCCGCAAAAAGAGAGUCCACUUCAACGGCUUCAUGUUGGACAUCCACAAAAGGAUCCAUCGGAGGAAACAAAGCCUGCCAAAACGAAGGCUAGGGAAAAUGUUCACCUAUGACCCCAUAUCACCGGUUGCCAUGGAGAUCAGCAAUGAGACCUGCCUCUUGUGUUUUGAUGAGUUUCAGGUGACUGACAUCGCUGAUGCCAUGAUCCUGAAGCAGCUGUUUGAGACGCUGUUCAAAACCGGAGUGGUGGUGGUAGCCACCUCCAACAGACCCUCCGAUGAUCUGUACAAAAACGGACUUCAGAGGGACACCUUCCUACCUUUCAUCGACGUGCUGAAGGAAUACUGCCACUCCAUCUGCCUGGAUGCUGGGAUUGACUACAGGAGGCUGGACAAGGCUGAAGCAGGGAAGCUCUACUACCUCACAGGGGAGCCUGGAGCCGAAGCCUUCUUGGAUGCUCUGUUUGAGGAGCUGGCAUUAAGACAAAGAAGUGUUACAGGUCCUCGGGUGCUUUCUGUGCUGGGCAGAGAUGUGACUCUAGAAAAGACCUGCGGCUCCGUCGCUGACUGUACUUUUGAAGAGCUGUGUGGUCGAGCUCUGGGUGCCAGUGAUUACCUGGAGAUGGCUCGGCUCUUCGACACCGUAUUCAUCCGCCAUGUUCCCCUGCUGACGCUGAGUCUGAAGGACCAGGCCAGACGCUUCACCACCCUCAUAGACAACUUCUACGACAACAAGGUGAGAGUUGUGCUGCUGGCGGCGGUGCCUUUAGAGCGACUGUUCAUCCACAGUGGAGGAGACGAUGAGAGGGAUCGACAGCUGCUGGAUGAUCUGGGCCUCAGCGGGGCGGCAGCAGAGCGACUUAGUCUGUUCACAGCCGAGGAGGAGAUCUUUGCCUUCCAGAGGACCGUGUCCAGACUGAUGGAGAUGCAGACUGAGUCCUACUGGGUGGAGGGAGACCGCAGUCACAGCAAGAAACACUCCAACACCUAACAUCUGUCGCUGCCACGAUAAUCAUCUACCUCCAGACAACACAGUACCUCACUGACACUACAUAAGAGAUUUAACAGAAAUCUAUAACGAGGCAAAGCUAAGCACGAAGCCCGUUUGCCUUUGGGUCUGACUACUCCUCAUCUUCCAUGAGCGCUGCACCAUUUUUAUUUGCUGCGUUUUCCUAUGAGGUGUGCUCUCUCCCCCUUGUGGACUAUUUGUCUGAAAGAGUAUGUAAAUCUCUCAGGCAUGUGUGAACCACAAGACAAACAGGUGCUCACUUCAGAGAGAAGAGGAGGCCAAGUGUCUCUCACUGCGGUAGUUUGCUGCCCUCUAGUGGAUGGAUCUAAAAAUGGAAAUGCUCUCAACCUGGCCAUGUUUUUAUGAAAUAUUAUCAGUCUUUGUUCAGUUUUAACUUUAACCUACUGUGAGGAAAAUCUGGAGUAGGCUUAAAAAUGCUAUGCAUGAGGAAAUGUUGAGAUAUCUUUUGUAGCUGUUACACUCUUGUUGGUUUAUUCCAAGUCUGGAUUUGUAACCAAGUAGAACUAAAAUCUCCUCAGCCCCUAUUUCUAACACUGGACUUUGUUGCUAUUGGAUGGAGAAAUUUGCAUUGCAUUCUUGCAUGCAAUGGCAUACAGAACUGCCAACUAAAAACUAUGGCAAAAUAUUGCAAUAUUGAAUUUUUGAAUUUGUUGAGACAAACAAUCCAGGUUUCUAAAAAUGUAGAGCAAUCAGCAGUUAAAUUAGAUUUUUUUAAAAAAGCACUAACAGAAAAGAAAAAAAUAAAUCUAAAAGAAUUCAUUUAUUUUAUGUGUAUCAACUUGCAAGUGUUCACUUUUAAUUGCUUUAUUGGUGCUUUUCUGGAUCUAUUUUUGUACAUAAAUUAAAUGUAUCAUUCAUAUUCAUGUAGGAAACCUCUUCCAUUUUUUGGGUAAAAUGUAACACUGAAAUCGCUAAAAUGGAACAUGGAAAAUAUAUGUAUUAUAUUUUGCAUAAUUUGAAUAGAACCAAUAAUUCCUGCAGUUGAGGUAUUUUAUGAUUUUGCCCCACAUUCAAAUGAAAAACUAGCAUCUUGUAUUACAAAAUGACCUCAGCAUUAAAGAUGUAAUAUACUAUAUGUUAAAGGAGAGUGGAAAAAUAAAUUCUACUCGACCAGCUA